AAUUCUCAUCUCUGUUAAUUUAGUUCUUUUAUUUAAAUUAUGGUUUCCAUCAUCAAAUUUAAACCUUUAUCGGGUGCUCAUGAUGAAGGACCACCAGCUUAUCUGUUAACAAUUGAUUCUUUCACCUUCCUUUUAGACUGUGGUUUAGAUCCAAACAUUGAUUCUGAGCCUACAAAUAUUUACAAUAAAAAUACUAUUAAAAAUGUUGAUGCCGUUCUACUUUCCCAUCCUGAUACUUUACAUUUAGGUGCUUUGCCUUAUUUGGUUGGAAAAUGUGGCUUAGAUUGUCCCAUUUAUGCGACAGUUCCGAUCUUUAAAAUGGGACAAAUGUUCAUGUACGAUUUACACCAAUCUCGCCAUAAUUAUGAGAAUUUUAAUUUAUUCACUUUGGAUGAUGUUGAUGCUGCUUUCGAUAAAAUAAUUCAAUUAAAAUACAACGAGACGGCUUCUUUAAAAGGAGGACAAGGUAUUAGUAUUACCCCUUUACCGGCGGGUCAUAUGAUCGGUGGGGCAAUUUGGCGUAUUGUUAAAGACGGUGAAGAAGAUAUAAUUUACGCUGUUGAUUAUAACCAUAAAAGAGAGAGACAUUUAAAUGGUUGUAAUUUAGGUGGUUCGCUUAACGAAAGAUCCUUUUUAUCAAGACCUAGUUUAUUGGUGACCGAUGCUUAUAAUGCCAAAUAUUCACAGGCUCGUAGGAAAGAGCGUGAUGAACAAUUAAUGACCAAUAUUUUGGCCACACUUCGCGAUGGUGGUAAUGUUCUGAUUGCUGUUGACACUGCAGGUCGAGUUCUUGAAUUGGCUCAUAUGUUAGAUCAACUUUGGCAUACACCCAAUGCCGGUCUAUUGGCUUAUUCAUUGGCUCUUUUGAAUACAAUCUCUUACAAUGUGAUUGAAUUUGCUAAAUCACAAGUUGAAUGGAUGAGUGAAAAGAUUACAAAAUCUUUCGAGGGCCAGAGAAACAAUCCAUUCCAGUUUAGGCAUUUACAAUUGUGCCACAAUUUAAAAGAGCUUCAACAACGAGUUCGUGAACCAAGAGUCGUCCUCGCUUCUCAGCCCGAUUUAGAAUCUGGAUUUGCCCGUGAACUGUUUGUCCAAUGGUGUACCAAUCCCAGAAAUUGUAUCAUCUUAACCCAAAGAUCACCACCAGGAACUCUUGCUCACCAAUUGAUUAAUAGCUCACAAAAGUUGAUCACUUUAUUAAUCAAACAGCGAAUACCUUUGGAAGGAUUAGAAUUGGAAGAGUAUAAAAGAGAGCAAGCUAAAAAAGAGAUGAUAAACAUGAAAAAGGUUGAAACAGAUUCUGAUUCAGAUUCUGAAUCGGAUGGUGAUGAUUUGAUCAAUAAAAGUACAAUCGGCCAAGGAGCAAACAGCGGAAUCAGUUACAAUUUAGGAAUCACUGGACUUGGUGGUAGUUCGGGACCAGGAAGUGAGACCCAUGAAGGACUUGGAUAUUCAAAAUACGAUCUAGUUAUGCCUAUUGGAGUGGGUAAAGUUAAAGUCGGCGGACUCUUCAAGCAGGGUAAAAAUCCGUUCCCAAUGUUUCCCGCCCCGGAGCAUAAAAUUAAAUGGGACGAUUAUGGUGCCUACAGUAAUCACAAACUUUUCCCGAUAACUGAUAAUUCAUCAACAUUAGAAUCAAAUCAAGGUGUUAAAUUUGAAGAAAACAAGGAAAAUAAGAAAGGCGAUAAAGAGACUGUUAAUCAAAAGGCUUCUGCAAAUGAAAUACAAGAAGUACCAACAAAAUGUAUCACCAAUGUUCAAACGUUUUACGUUAACGCGAAUAUACAAUUUAUUGAUUUUGAGGGUCGAUCGGACAAAGAUUCAUUGAAGAAAAUUAUCUCUCAAAUUAAGCCUCGUCGUUUAGUGUUAAUUCAUGGAUCACCGGAAGCAACUCACGAAUUAGCUGUUUAUUGUUCAUCAAUAACGGAAACAAAGAAAAUUUUUACACCAAAAGUUGGUGAAACUGUUGAUGCAACAACCGAGAGUCACAUUUAUCAAGUUAAAUUAAAAGAUUCCCUUGUGUCCACACUAAACUUUGUUAAAGCUAAAGAUGGAACUGAAUUGGCCUGGAUUGAUGCUGAUAUCGAAAUGUCGGAAGAGCGAUCACUUAAACCUCAAGCAUUGAGCUCAUCAACGGACCAAAAUCCUGAUGGAUCGAAAGACUCUAAAGAGGGUAUUCUUAAUAGCAUUAAUAAAGAAAAUCAACAAGAAAUGAACAUGGAAACAAAUGGAGAUGAUUUUCCAUCUUCUUCUCUCUCAUCCUCAUCAUCUCGUGAAGUUUUACCAAUACUCCAACCUCUUGCUGCUAAAUAUGUUCAACCUCAUGAAAAUAUCUUCGUCAAUGAACUUAAAUUAUCCGACUUUAAACAAAUUCUCAUGAACGAUGGAAUCCAAGCUGAAUUUCAUGGUGGAAUUCUUCAUUGUAACAAUUCGGUGACCAUCAAACGCCAUGAAACUGGUCGUAUUCUAAUAGAGGGAACACUUUCCAAUGAUUAUUUUCGAGUUCGAGAUCUCCUUUAUCAACAAUAUUCGAUCAUCUAAACUAAUUAAAUUUAGAUAAUAGUUAAUUUCCUAAUCCCCUUUUUUUCUGAUCAAAACGCAGACUCGACAUUUAUAAAUUCAUCACCUUUAUUUUCAUUCAGAGUAAAUGUUGCAUUUAAUUGCUCCUCACAAUUUGUAUUAUUAUAAAUCAACAGUGAAUUUAAAUGUUGAUCAAACUUUUUUUUCAUGUAUAAAUUAAACUUUGAAUCAAAUUUUUAUAUAAACAAUUAUCUCAAAUUCAGAUGAAUAAAAUUUUCAAUUCAAUCAA